AAAAGAGUGGUGGGUGUUAUUUGAUAUGAGUGCAUCUGUGUGAUGAGUUGGAGCAUUUUGAAACAAUCCUGUGUAGCCAAUAAACGCUUACCACGCAUUUCGACUGCUCUAUUUAAAAUUAAUGAAUUAAUUCAUAUUUCUGUUUAGGCAGUCAAAUCAAGAGAGUGAAAACAUGAUUAUAAGGCUAGUUAUUGCAUUAUUGGUGACUACUUUUGGAGUAGCUCUACCAAAAGAGGAAACACAUAAUGAUAGAGUGUUUAAUAGAGAAUUGAGUGAUAAAGAACAUUUUGAAAAUGAGCAUCAUAAUCCGGAGUACGAUCAUGAAGCGUUUCUUGGAGAAGAGGCCAAGACAUUUGACCAGUUGCCCCCAGAGGAAAGUAAAAGGAGGCUUGGAAUAAUUUUUGACAAAAUAGACACCAAUAAUGACAGUAUCAUAUCUAGAGAGGAACUCAAGGAUUGGAUUCGAUUUACGCAGAAACGCUACAUCAGUGAAGAUGUCGAUCGCCAGUGGAGGCAGCAGAACCCCGAAAACAACCCCACCAUAUCUUGGGAAAACUAUCAAAAACUCGUUUAUGGCUUCCUAGAGAACAUGGACCCAGCCGAAUCUGAAAAAGAUAACGAAGGGUUUUCUUACAGGAAUAUGUUAAAACGAGACAGGAGACGAUGGGCAAGCGCAGACAGAGACGGAGACGAUAACCUGACUAAAGAAGAAUUCGCAGGUUUUUUACACCCCGAAGAAACAGACUACAUGAGGGGCAUGGUUAUCGUUGAAACUAUGGAAGACAUCGACAAAGAUAAAGAUGGAAAGAUAUCUCUGCAAGAAUACAUUGGAGACAUGUACCGAGGCGAUGAACCUGAAGAGGAACCUGACUGGGUGAAGAGUGAGAAGGAACAGUUCAGCACGUACCGUGAUAAGGACGGAGAUGGCUUCAUGGAUGAGGAAGAAGUUAAAAACUGGAUCUUGCCAGAAGAUUUCGAUCACGCCGAGGCUGAAGCCAGACAUUUAAUUUACGAAGCUGAUUCGGAUGCUGACGAGCAGUUAACGAAAGAUGAAGUGCUGAAGAAGUACGACUUAUUCGUGGGUUCCCAAGCCACAGAUUUUGGCGAGGCGCUUGCUAGGCACGACGAGUUUUAAAUUUUCGGUAACUCGUAAAAAGGUUUCAUGUGGCUGUUGUAAUGGUCAAUAUGUCAGAAUCUCUACGCUAGUGCAGUAUUCAGUCAAAUACUCCGUACUUUGUGAUUUAACUUUUAAAAUAUUGAAUUUUGCUCUCUUAACAUUCCUUUUAAUACUUUUUCUGUACUUCCGUUACAUUGAAUAUUUUUCCUGCGUUAAAAAUGAACUAACUUGAGAUAACUUUUCGGUUUAAUAUUGUUGUGAUUUAAUGUUUUCAUAAAAUGGUUUCAAUAUUUGAAAUUAAUAUUAGUUUUAUUUUAUAAAAUUUUAGCUUUAAUUUCUUUUUAUGUAUUAUACAGAAUGUUGCACAAGUCAAAAAUGGAGUGUUUUUGUCCAAAUAAAAUACUAAUUUGUACCAAAAUGGUAAAAGUUUCAUUUUCAUUCAAAAUAAAAUUUGCAUAUUAAUUUCUAGGUCACAGGUUUAUGCUAAGACUGCGCAGAAAAUUUAAUUUUUUCAGAAGAUAUUUAGAUGUUCAUUUGUUUUUUGAAAAUUUCAGAACCUUUUAUGUUUAUAUAAAAAAAUGUUCUUGAAUAUAAAUUUGAAAAACACUCCUCAAUUUUUGACGCUUUGUGUUGCACCCUGUAUAUUUAGCUUUCACUGCCUGCCAAAAUGGAGUUUUUCUUAAAGUUAAUACAGGUUAUAGCAAAAGUACCGGAACGGCAGAAUAACUCGGCGGGAGAGCAUAAGUUUCCAGAUUUCUCCCUGGCUAUCCGACCUUGGCAUUGACCUUGACCUUGAAAAUCAUUUCAAGGUCAAAUGUGAUUUUUCAAAUGGGAUCCUAUAAUUUUUACCUUGGAAAUGAAAAGGGAAAAACCACUCCUUGUUUGGUGUGGAUCCUAACACCUCCUUAGACUGACUAUAACCACUGGUUCCCCACCACCAAUUCAAGGUCAAGGUCACCAUCGGAUAGCCAGGGAGAAAUCCUAAAUUCUGCCGUUCCUAUACUUUUAUUAGUUAGACCUUGUGGGGGCCCCAAGGUCAAAAGGGAGGGGUCACUCAAGGUCAUAUCUGAACGUAAAAUUUCUCUUCAUUUCUUGGGUCAAAAGUAUAGGGUCCCAUUUGAAAAAUAAUAUUUGACCUUGAAAUGAUCCUCAAGGUCAAUGUCAAGGUCACCAUCAGAUAGCCAGGG